CAUUGUUUUACGAAUACGAAAUAAUUUGCAGAAAUAAAAUGCUACACUCUUCCAGCUGAUUUUGAUUAUAUUUAAGCGACAACAUUUUGGGUUUUGAAAAUAUGGAUAUCACUGCAAAUGCGAAACUGAAUUCAGGAACAGAACUUGUUUUAUCAAGUAUUGUCAUCGAAGGCUUGAAAAAUAUGGGCGCACAACUUAAUAUUGAACUAAGCAAAAAAAUAAUUUCAAAUGCAGUAAAAAUGUUGUUGUUAGCUGAUGUUCGAGUUCCAUUUAACCCAGAAAUUUAUGCUGUGAAACCGGAUUGUGCAAAGCAAAGCGAAUAUGCGAUUGUUACAUUACUGUUUUUAAUAAUAAGACAUGGGCUAGACAAAAAUAAAAUUAAAACACUGCUUAAUUCACACGAAAUAAACAACGUAAUUAUUGAUGAAAUAAUAAAAGUAUGUGAAAUCAAUUAUACAAAAUUAGUUGCAAGAAAUUUAAAAACUGGUAGCACUUUAUUACAUUAUUCGGGUGAAUCAGAAUGGAAACUGGCAUGCGAUAUUAAACAUUCAAAUGAAAGUUGUAGUAAUGUGGACUACCAGUUAACAUUAUAUGAAUCGAAUGAGCAAACUGGGGAUCGUAGACAAAUAAUACAACUUGUUUGUAACACUGAAGAAAUGCAAGCAUUAGUCAGCAAACUGAAAAAAAUUGAAAAUCAUUGCCACAGAAUCUAUAAAAAUAAUAUUGGAGAUGAAAUUAUGGACGGAAAAUGAAUAAGGGUCAGCUCAAUUAAACAUUGUAGCAAAUCGAAAUCAAAAAUCUAUAAGAUCUUAAAUUAAUCACAAACACAAACUUAAAUUUACUAAUGCAUUACAAUAUUACAUAAUAAUUUUUGAAGGAAGUUUAUUUCACUACGUAUUUUUUAAUGAGAAAUCUUUCAGUAAACAUAUUCAGAUCAGCUCAGAUCAGUUCAUCAAUAUUUUUUUGUAUUCAAAAUAAAAAUUUAAAGAGAGAAAUAACAUUUUAAAUGUUCGAUAUUGUUAUAGUAACAGGCAGAUAGAGGUACCUAUUUACAUAAAAAUAUUGAGAAGAGCAAAAUAUAAGUUUGUUGAAUUGAAAAAUUUAUUCAAGUAUUUCAGCUCUAUCGUUUAAAAAUUUUUUCAUAAAGCAAUAAUGUUAAUUGAAUUUAAUUAUUUACAUUAUAUGUAAAAGUUCAUUCAUAAAAUAUUCAAACAAGGUUAUAAUUUCAAUUUGAA